AUGGAUCCCCUCAAUGUGUCUACCGUUAAGAACGUCGUCUUAAACAGGAGGGGCUAUAAUAUUAUUGGUACACUUAUUUUAUCUCCUUAUCAUCUUGUAUUUAGCUUUCUUCCUCCUUCAUCAUCAGGACAAGAAAAUGGAACUGUCAAACAACCAAAAGAGAUCUGGAUAUGUUAUCCUAUGAUUGAGAGGAUGUCGAAAUCAAGAGGUUCAUCCUGGAUGAAUAAUGCUAAUGCCAAUGGCAAUUCAUCUGGCAGUAAUGAAGAUUCAGGUCGUUCAGAAGCAACUUUACCCAAGAUUGAUAUUGACAAUUUCGAUCAUUAUAGUGCAUCUCAUAUUAGACUACAUUGCAGAGACUUUACCUAUUAUUCGUUUGAUUUUAUGAAUGAUUUGAUUUGUAUUGAAGUGUUUUCCAAAUUAAGUUUCUUAAAUACAGUUUGUAAAACUGAAAAUGAUAUUCAAACUUUAUACGCCUUUGAUUAUCGUCCUAAUGCAUUGGAAUUGAAUCUACCCGUUAAUGGUUGGAAUAUAUAUGAUCCUAUAAAAGAAUACAAACGGUUAGGAUUAGUGAAAGAAGAUGAUAAAUUUUGGCGGAUUUCAAAUCUUAAUAAUGAUUAUAAAUUUUGUCCAUCUUAUCCUAAUAUUCUUGUCGUACCUAGUACCAUAUCAGAUAACGUUUUAAAACAUACGGCAAAGUUCAGAUCCAAACAAAGAAUCCCGGCUGUGGUAUAUAAACAUAAAAGUGGAGUCAAUGGUAAUGUGAUAGCUCGAUGUUCUCAACCAUUGGUAGGAUUAAAUUUACAAAAUCGAUCAAUUCAAGAUGAAAAAUUAAUUGCUGAGAUUUUCAAGAGUCAAGAAAGAGAACGUCAAGAUCAGAUUUCUGAAGAUGAUGAUUUCCAAGGUCAACCUCAAAAGAAUCUCAUUGUUGAUUUAAGACCAUUGACCAAUGCCAUGGCUCAACAUGCAUUAGGAGCAGGAACUGAAAAUAUUGAUAAUUAUAGAGGUAAAGAUCCUAUUAAGAAUAAUAAUGGAAACGGUAACGGUCCAGCAAACUCCAAUCCAGGACUUGAAACUUCUUCCUUAUCAAAUGGUGGUGUCCAUCAAGAACAUCGACUUGUUAAUAAAAUCUUCUGUAACAUUGAUAAUAUUCAUGUCAUGAGAGAUUCUUUAAAUAAACUCCUGGCCAUCUUAAACGAUCUCGAUAAAUAUCCAGUAUCAAACACAACCAAUAAAACUCAAAGUGCAUAUCCUUUAUUACAACAAGCCUUAACCAAAACUCAAUGGUUACAUCGAUUAUCCAUAAUCUUACAAUCAGUUGAUCGAAUCACCAAAUCAAUCCAUUUCAAUAAUACAAACGUCAUUAUCCAUUGUUCAGAUGGAUGGGAUAGAACUUCUCAAGUAUCGGCCUUACUGCAACUUUGUUUAGAUCCAUAUUAUAGAACCAUAGAAGGGUUUAUGGUAUUGAUUGAAAAAGAGUGGAUGAGUUUUGGAUUCAAAUUCGCUACAAGAAGUGAUCAUGGUGGAUGUAUUGGAGCUAUACUUAAAAAGGAACCUAAACAAGCUAGACUUGAUCCUAAUGAAUCCAGUAGUGAACCAGCACCCGCAACUGCAUCUCCAAAUACAUCCGAUUCAUAUCUAGGUUCAAGUGGGUAUGGAAGUACAGUGGCAUCAUUUUUACAAAGAGCAGCUACUCAUAUAAAGAAUACAGCUGCAAAUUCAGCUUUACUUUCCGAUAGUGAUCUUGUAGAGAAUGGUAAAUUCAAUAGUUCGAUUUAUACCGGAAGUAAUGAAAAAUCGCCUAUAUUUCAUCAAUUUCUUGAUUGUGUUUAUCAAAUCUAUCGUCAACAUCCAUCCAAGUUUGAAUUCAAUAGUCGGUUUUUGAAAAGGCUUUUCUAUCAUUAUUAUUCAUGUCAAUAUGGAUCAUUUUUGUGUGAUUCCGAACGGGAAUUAAAAGAGGUUAAUAAAGUUCAUGAUCUGACGGUAUCAGUAUGGGAUUAUUUCAAUUCCAGACCUAAAGAAUUCACCAAUCCUCUUUAUACUUCCCUCAAAGAAGAUCAAGAAAUAUUCUUUAAUUUUGCUGAUGUUAAAUGGUGGUUUGAAUUAUAUGGUAGAUCAGAUGAAGAAAUGAAUGGAUUAUCAAACUCUUUGGAUCGGAAAUUUGCCCAAAUGAGACUUAAUCAAAAUGCAUCUUCGGCAUCGCCAUCAUCUGAACUGAGUCAAGUACUCAAUGGUAACUCGUGA